GACACAACCAACAUGACUAACAGAUAACAUCAGAAUGGAUACUUUGGGUGACAGAAUUGCCUCCGCUGUUCUUUCAGCAUAUGCUGAGCUUCCAAAUAAAAGUAAGCCACUAGGAAGGUGCGAUGCCAGUGAAUGGGUCCCAUUGUCCGGUAUUGUGCUUGAGUGCCGCGAGGGCGCCGGUGGGCUUACUUCUGUUGCUCUCGGGUGAGUUUUGUUAUAUCUUUUAGUAAAAUUAGGAUGAAUAGAAGCUAAUACCUAUAAAGGACUGGUAUGAAGUGUCUUUCCAGGAAUAAGAUUCCGCUAGCCGGUGGCAUGGUUUUGCAUGAUAGUCAUGCCGAAGGUUUGUCUAUCCUGAAAUGAGAGAUAUUUCGUUGCUAAUCAUCGAAUAGUGCUUGCUAUCAGAGGGCUUAAUUGGUAUGUUUACGAAAUUUGAUUUUGACUUCAUCUAGCUGGAAAGAGGAAGAGAAAGAGUGAGAGAGAACCUGACUAAUAGCUUCAGUUUCCUGCUGGAAGAAUGCAAGGCAUUAUUGGCAGAUAAACUGUUUGUAUCAAAGUUCAUUCGCCGAAGAAGUCAACAAGAGAUUUCCCAUCAAUCUCCCCAGCCGUUCACUCUACGAGAGAGUGUGCUGAUACAUUUUUAUUCGUCCGAGGCUCCUUGUACGAUCCCCUUUCCCUUCACUUGUCGGCCUUCACAGCUAACGACACAGCAGGUGGAGAUGCCAGCAUGGAAGUAACUAUGGCGGCACAGGAUAACCCAGUGCCCUGGACUACCCUCUCACUUGCACCUACCUCCACAACCAUCUUGGCAUCACCAACAGCCCUCCUCCGAGGGCGGCAGUAUUUCUCAGAGCUCGGCUUUGUCAGGACGAAGCCCGGCCGCGCCGACUCCUCACCAACCCUCUCAAAAUCCUGCAGCGACAAGCUCUCGAUCAGGCAGGUGACAUCUGCCCUCUUAUCCCCAACAACCCUCCUAAUAUCCCCCGAAAACGCAUACAUAUCGACAGUAGUUCUCCCAACAACGCCUUACUACCCUACCGCGUGUGCACGUGCUUUCAGUGCAACGGGACGCAUGGCACCACUGGUGGGCAGGAGGUUUGAUAGCGGGUACAAAUUCUCCCCUUUCACUGUGAAAACUACAAAUCUUGAGUUUGAGUUUUCGAAGAGGGCUGUUAGGACGGGUGCUGUUGGGAGUAAUAUUUCAGCUGUAUGGGUUAGAGGAAGGAGGAUUGAGACAUUAAUUGGAGGCGUGCUGCAGGGUAGGAAGCAGUUUUCUUCGGGGAUCAAGGGGGCUAGUAUGCUUUGUAAGAUGUUGAUUUGGAGGCUGGUGCAGGAGGUUGCGGAGGCCGAGGGUGUCGAGGGGGCCGGUGGAGAUCGGUAUCGCUCGCUUAAGAUGGGGGUAAAGAUGGCUACGAGGAACGAGGCGAAAGAGGUAGCGAGAGGAGUGCUUGGGGGAUGGGUUAGAAAUGGUGGGGACGGCUUUGGGAGCGUGCGAGAGUAGGUGAGCGGGUUUGUGGAGGGAUAGGGGUUUAUAUAAUUUUGCCUGUCGAUACUUUGUUUGUGUUGCCCGAUCACAUGCUAUAGCUGCGUUCUCCUCCAUCUAGUUAGAGUUUCAUUCUAGGCGGUAGAUAUCAAUAUCAAAGCACUCUCGUAG